CAGAGGGUUACAUUGUUGCCGCCGCCUCCAAUGAUUUAACGUGCUGCAUCCUUGUGAAUGAUGGAAGUCACAUGUGUGAGAACUGCCAAACUGGUACUUGGGUCCCGACUGAAUUGAUCACCCCUGUUUUGGCUGGACAACGCGAGUGGACAAGAUGUCAAGAAGGAAACAGGCCAAUCCGGCCAAAUUAGGAGAUGAUGAUUAUUCCGAGCUGACUGAUGGCGUAUCCAGAGCUGAGGAAAACAUCGAAGCACUCCUGAGGAUUCGAACUUUCACCGAACGGGAAGAAAGACAGUGCAGGACCUGCACGAGGCACACAAGAAGUCAAAGUUCCUCGCCACCAAUAAAGAGGGAAAGGGCGGAUAUUCAUAAAAGUUUCUCAGAUGGCGAGACGUCGAGGUUGGAGGAACCCUACGAAUGCGGCGUUUGUUACCUUAAAUUCUCAAGAUCCACGGCUCUGGACGUACAUAUGCAGAGUCAUACCGACCAUCUACAGUUCACAUGUUCCUAUUGCCCGAGGCUUUUCAAGCAUAAACGGUCCAGAGAUAGACAUACGAAACUACAUACUGGUGAUAAAAAGUAUAAAUGUUCGAGUUGCGAUUCAGCAUUUUCCAGAAGUGACCACUUAAAGAUACACAUGAGGACCCAUGAUAGUAAAAAACCUUUCAGAUGUGAAACAUGCAAUAGGGGAUAUAACUCGGCGGCAGCUCUAUCAACGCAUCUGCAAAUUCACACAAAAUUGGAAACAAGUUCUGGAAGCCGCACCAGUAGAAGUACACCAAGUCCAAGUGCAAACAUUGAGAGCUUCGUCAAGCAGGAAUUUGCGCAGGACCCACCGAAUUUCACACCACUAAGCGCCACUGCAAUUCCGAUCAAAAUCGGUUGCUACUUAUGUUCUAGAGAGUUCUCCUCCCUAGAAAGACUACAAGCUCACAUAUGCGUGAGACACCCGCAGGAUGGUCGAAACGGAGCUACCCCAACGUCAUCGUCAGCUUCUUCUGGUCAACCGCAAACGGGAAAUGGUUUAGUGAACAACAGUUCGAGAGAAUCUUUCUUAUAUUCAGUCAGAAACGCCACACCAAGACCUUGCACGAUAACAAGACCUAAACCGCUUGAUUUUCGUCCUCAAACGGAACCAACAGACUUGACAACGAAGCUAGACAAUGAUACUGGAGCAACAGUUAUGAAACGGAGAAGAACGGACAGCGAUAUGGUUGCGUCUCCUUAUGGUAGGCAUGUUCAUCUACAAACCUGUAUUUGUCCCAGUUGUGGUUCGCCACAUCCAAACUUUCAUAGUUUCAUCCGUCACAUGGAAACUCAUAUAACAAGACUAAACAACCAUUUAAUCGUUUGUCCAGCAUGUGGAGAAACCAGUGAAACUGUUGAGGCGUACACUACCCAUUGUUUUGACCAUUACAUCGUGCAAUCUACCGGUUUUUGCUGUACCAUCUGUAGAAUACUCUUUCAGACAGAGGAGGAAAGCGUCAACCACUAUCAAGAAGUUCACGUUAUAUCUCUGUUCAGAUGUAUCGUUUGCGGCGAGGUUUUGGAGAACAGCAUGGCCCUGCAGAUACACUACGGCAGGCAUCAUAAAGCAUACUGCAGCCACUCUUCUUGCAAACUCUGUCCGAAUUUGAUUUUUCAAGACAGGCUCUCUGUCCAGUUCCAUAUUUCGAUGGUCCACUUCAAGCAGUGCUUCAGGAACCAAAACGCCAACGACCAAGAGCAAAGUUACACAUCCGAAAAUAACAUAUACCACCAAUCUCCUCAAGCGCUGCCUGCUCCAUCGUUAACCCCUCAGCCUUUAACCCAACCAUCGUCAAUAUCUUCCGGUGUUCUCUACGCUAAUAUAGAUACCCCAGAUGGCGCAUAUCAGAGGAGUCCCCCAAAAAAUUACACUUGUGAUAUUUGCAAUCUCACAGAUAUCCCAUCUGAGGCUGAAUUACACUCGCACAAGAAACUGCAGCAUUCCAAAUCGAAAACUAGGGCCUUGAGUUUGCAGUGUGCCUAUUGCAAGGAGACGUUCAAGUCACGAAACGAACUGGAAAGCCACAUGAAGAACCACCAGGUGGUGUAUGGGAAAGGCAAGCAUAAAUGCAACAUUUGCGACGCGAUAUUCCCUUCUUCUGUCACUUUAGCCGAUCACAAACUGACCCAUUGCAAAAUAAUCGAGGGUAGCAUCUGCGUCCAGUGCAAGGGGUCCCUGAAGGACGAGCAGUCAUUCUACGACCACCAGUUGCUACACUCGACCAACCCGGCCAAAACCAACUCCCAAAUCGGUUUUCCAGCGAAUUGUGUUAUUUGCUGCCAGACCUUGCAGAACACCAUUGAGUUGAACAACCACGCCAGUUUCCACCUGAAGCAUCUGUUGCGGAAGCACAUUUGUACCGUUUGUAACGAAACCUUCGAUGCCCCAUCCAAUCAGAACGGCGAACAGAAGAAGGAAAUAUUCAACCAUGUGCUCUCGAUUUGCUCCAAAUGCUCGACAGAAGAAGGUCCGAGGUUCCCAGCCGUUAGAGACACCGAUACCAAGGAUUCCAAAGGAAAAUUAAGAUACAAUUACGAAAAUGGCCAAAGUGUUUCUGUUAACGAAAAGAACAACUUGGAGUGUAGAUCGUGCAAACAGGUAUUUCCCUCCCCUGGAAAACUCCAAACGCAUCUAAUCGAGCAUAAUUUCGUCGGGAUGAACCAAUACAGUUGUUACAUUUGUUCGUCGGUUUUUACUGGUGCCGAUGGUUUGAGGAACCAUAUGUUAGGACAUGGAUUCCAGAGCAAGCCUUACGAAUGUCCGUUCUGCGAACUGAAAUAUUUUUUUAGGACUGAACUAGAUAACCACAUCGUUAUACACGAUCAAGCAUCCAACAAUACGUCGAAUAAUAAUUUUUCGUUAGACAGACAAUCUCUGACGGACGCCAAAGAAACCAAUAAGUACGAAACAUGCAUGUAUUGCCGAAAUGUGUUUUCGAAAAAUUCCUUCUUUAUCGAUCACCUUAAGAACUGUACAGUGAGAAUAGAAAUGAAUAAUGCAGUCAAGGACAAUAAAAUCAAACAAGAAAAUGUUGACCCUGCGGAUUUUAGUAACAAACAAUGAGGGAGUAGUGGAUCGAAAUAUAUAUUUUGUACUUAGUGAAGAGAAUUGUAGAAACUUCUAUGUAGUAACGAUUGUUCCAAAAAUUCGAAAUAUUUUGAUUACAUGAAGUGUUAGCGAGAAUUGCGUAUACACAUUCACUGGUGAAAAAAAUCUUUGAUUACUGUUUUUUCCUUUCCGUUUAUGGAAUUAAGAUAAAUUGAAACUAAUUCAUCGUAAACAGUAUUCGAUUUACCCUUAACCUCUUCUUCAAGCAACCGAAAGGAUCUGAAGGAAAAUUUUUCGUAUUAUAUGUCCAGGGUGUUUAAAAGUGAUCGUAUCAUAGCAGUUGGCUUUGAAUUACUCUAUACUUCUCCUCGCUAAAGGGUUUACUAAAUGGGACAGAAUUUCAAAAUUGACGCCCACUACGAUGUUACAAUCACUUAAAAACCCCGUAUAUAGUUUACCAUAACCAUUACUAAAUUCAAGUCAAUCAUUUGGGUCAUACUGUCACGAAAGUUCUUCAUCAAUUUACAAAUACUUUUUGAUUAUUUCAUUAUUUUUACUUAUUAAUUUAAUUUCAUUUCUGUUUUUUUACAGUGAAAAAAAUGAAGAGUGGGCAGGUGUUGGCUGAAUAUGCAACCAUUGUAUUAUUAUCUAGGUUUAAUUUUGUUCUUUAUUAUGGGGAUUCAUUUUUUUAUUAUCCAUAAGUUGAUUUUGUUGGGUUAUUCAGUAUUACAAGCAGAUACAUCACGUAAAAAACGGAAUCAUUUCAAUUUAAGACUGCUAUAAAUGAAUGAAUACAUUUCGAAA